AUGUGCUUCUACGACCAACAUCGAUUCGGAUGCGGUGACUGGAAAUGGGGUCACUUUCGCCAGCACUGUGCCAAGGAGUACCGCAUCGGUGAAACUUGUGGCAUGAAACUCAUCAUGCAGACGAUUCCCACGGGCACCAAGUGCAAGCUCUGUGAGAAGAUCGACACCAAGAUGCGCCGCCGGGCCGCCGAGGUCGAACGCAUCAGUCGCUGGCAGCGCGAUGGCAGCAAGUUCCGGGCUUCAAUCGACAAAUCCAUGGAGAUAAUUCGGGGACUAGACUACGAGAUCUACGAGCUCGGCUGUGAGCGCAGUCGGAGGUUGCAGCAAGUUGGACACUGA